AUGUCUUCACAAAUUUGGCACAAAAAGCUUCUGCGCCGCCUGCGCCGCCCUGACAACGCAUGCCAUAUCCUCAAUGCGCCUGCCGAAAUCCGUAUUUUCAUCUACCGUUACAUCGCCCCGCAAGGCUUCCUCCCAUAUACCCCGUACCAGCACUACAUGGGCCUCUUCCUUUGCUGCAAGAAGAUCAACGGCGAGCUGACACACGAGACGCUCAGAGGCGCGCUCACCGUUCUCGACGGCAUUUACUUGACGCCAACAACAACGGUCACACUUCUCCGUCCCCUCCAGCCCCACAGCUUUACCUCCCUCAUGCACGUUUCUCUCGACGUCCCGCUAUGGUCGCUGUAUAGCACCAAAUUGGACUACAACUUCAUCGAGAUCGCCUCGCCGUUGAUGAAGCUACAUCUCAGUAGCCUCACCAUUGCCUUGAAAGGCAUCUCUUCCCCGAGUGACUUCGCCCUCAUGAGCGCGGUACUCAGCGGCACUGAACUCUGGGUCUGGAACGAAGACAGAAACGCCCUGAAUAACCUCCUCGUCUCCGAUGCAGACGCUCACUACGACGUACACACCACCUACGAUAGCAUCGUCGGUUUUGUGGCAGCCAUCAACUGCCUGCUGGCCCCCCAGCUUUGCAAUGAUAACCAUCAAACGGAUACCAACGUAUGGUGCGCUCGUGCACGUUUGACAGCGCCUCUUGCAGACACGGUCUGCAAUAUCCGCAAGGUCAUUUUCACAUUGAAGCAGUUCCACGACGAAUCGCCUUUGCCUUGGGGGGAGCUUCCCCGUGAUACGUAUCCAGAAAACUGCCUGAAAGGGCGCUGGAUGCCAGCUGUGGAGCAGAGGCUGUUGAGAAGGGAGGGGUGGGAGGCGUCCUGGGCCGGUAGAGAUGGGAGGGUCAACGUCCGGGAAGAUGACGAACCCUCGCAGUUCGUGUGGAAGAUGGUGAAGAAGGAGAAUCGGUGGAGGAAGCUGUUUCAGCGCAAAUAG